AUGCCCGAGAUUUUUUGGGAACUUCACCACCACUGUGAGGAGAUAAGGUUGCUGUUUGGGAGGAGUGUAUCCAUCGCAAAGAAGUUACAGGCGCAGUGCCCAAUGAAGCGGCGCGAGACUGAGGAUGGUGUGAACCACGAUGUUAGUCUCUUCUCUCAAUUCCGCCGGUUCGAUCAGAGGGCCACUGGGGGAUCUGGUGAGCGUUUGGACAAGAGCCAGAUCUGCGCCUUCUGUUUUGAUUUCAGUGAGGCGACAACACUGAUAAGGAGCAGGAAGGCUGGAUUUGAGGCGGGAUUUGAGGACAGGCAGCAACGAUGGAGAAAAGAGAUGACUACUGUGGUGAUGCCAAGGUCGGAUGAGAGGCGGUGGGUCAAGUUCACCCAUAAAAUUGAUACAUCUUCUCCGACGAAUUCGACUCUGCGGGGAAAACACGAGGGAGAAGAUUAG